CUGUGCUGCCGAGCGGUGGCCGACUGUUUUACUUUUUAACUGAGGACACACAUGCACAGCAGGCACACAAGCGAUGUUAAUGUUCACAUUUUGUCUUUAUUUUAACAACAGGGUACGAACCAUCACUUGGAGUCAUGCAGCGACAGAUAUGGAGCAGCAGAGCCGUCAGACGGAGUCACCUUACAGCGCAAUGCAAUCCAGUGUGUUACAACUCUUCCAGGAAUAUGGAGCCGAAUGAAUCCAUCCCAAAAGACCAUUUUUGGACUGAGACAGAGUGUCCUAUCAUUUAUGCCUGAUGAAGCUGAUGAAGACUCUGAGAAGAGGCGACAGCUCUGGAAAAAAUGUACAGGAUGAACUUCCUCGGCGUCACGUUCCCGAGGUAGUCUGGAAGGCACGACUGGCCCAGGCAUGCGUGCCUCUCGUUACCUGUCAGGUCCAGAUGAACCCAGUGCCGCUCACGUCUCCUCUUUGCUUGGUUUCAUCUGCGUGGCUGACCCAGGCGGACUUUUUUUUUUUUCGAGCGAGCGUGGGCGCAGAAGAAAGACAAAGAGUUAGCCCAUGCGAGCAGCGUGUGGACUGAGUGCAGCUGUUUCGUUCCGAGCGGAGCCCAACAUGUGAGAAGAUGUCUGUUGGAGGUUGCGCUUGUCCCGGCUGUUCGUCAAAGUCAUUCAAGCUGUACUCUCCUAAGGAGCCCCCCAACGGCGGCAGCUUUCCCCCCUUCCACCCAGGCGCUAUGCUGGACAGAGAUGUGGGGCCUACACCCAUGUACCCCCCAUCAUACAUGGAGCCUGGAAUGGGGAGACCCACACCGUACGGGAACCAGACAGAUUACCGGAUAUAUGAGCUGAACAAAAGGCUACAGAAUUGGACAGAGGACUGUGACAAUCUCUGGUGGGAUGCCUUUACUACAGAGUUUUUUGAGGAUGAUGCCAUGCUCACCAUCACUUUCUGUCUGGAAGAUGGACCCAAACGAUAUACCAUUGGCCGGACGUUGAUUCCACGGUACUUUCGAAGUAUUUUUGAAGGGGGCGCCACUGAGCUGUUCUAUGUUUUGAAGCAUCCAAAAGAAUCCUUCCACAGUAACUUUGUGUCUCUCGACUGUGACCAGUGCACCAUGGUGACCCAAAACGGCAAACCUAUGUUCACACAGGUUUGUGUGGAGGGCCGCCUGUACCUAGAGUUCAUGUUUGAUGACAUGAUGAGGAUCAAGACGUGGCACUUCAGCAUCAGACAACACAGAGAGGUCCUACCGAGGAGCAUUUUGGCUAUGCAUGAUCCCCAGAUGCUCGACCAGCUGGCUAAAAAUAUCACCAGAUGUGGGCUGUCCAACUCCACACUCAACUACCUCCGUCUAUGUGUGAUAUUGGAGCCCAUGCAAGAGUUGAUGUCCCGGCAUAAGACCUACAGCUUGAGCCCGAGAGACUGCCUGAAGACCUGCCUCUUCCAAAAGUGGCAAAGAAUGGUAGCACCUCCAGCUGAGCCAGCCAGACAAGCUCCAAACAAGCGGCGGAAAAGGAAGGUGUCUGGUGGAAGCACCGUGAGCUCUGGCGGAGGCAGCAAUAACAACAGCAACAGUAAAAAGAAGAGUCCAGCCAACAGCUUUUCACUCUCCAGCCAGGUACCUGACCUGGUUGGAACAAAAACCUGUACAGUGCCGGAGCUUGAGGACCGGAGUUGAGAACCACUACGCUAAAUCUUAAACACACACACACACCCACCACACACAAACACUGAAACACUCACAUACACAUCCAUACACCCAGACCAUGCACACACUUACACAUAUACUCACCUACAACUACAGCAUAAAACAUUGAGGUACUGGAGAGAGGUGGUACGCAGCAUGUCUGGACCAGAGCACCAGACGCUACAGAAGUGUGUUUUCAUUUUCUAUGUUUUAGACUUGUUUUGAAUUUUCUUUUUUUAUUUUUGUAAACAAUUUCUAAAAAAUAAACAGAUUAAAACAAGCAAGCAAACAAAAACACCCCAGAAUAUUCUUUGCACUGUUUUCCACUAUUAACUCCAAUCUAUUUUUCUUAUGAAUUGACGGUGUAUUUUUUUUUUCUUUUCUAUUAUUGCUAAUGUAAGAACUGUAAAACAUCUGAAACCUGCAGUAUAUUAAUGUAUAAGUAUUGCUGUUAGAUCAUUCUUAUUGUGAUGGUAAUAACUUUCAUGUAAGUCUGUGCUUGAUAUAAUGUCAUCCAUCUGUGUCAGACAUCACGCUGUCACCAGGUCCAUUGGCUUCAGUGCUAGAAAACGGGUUGGGGAGAACGAGGCUAGUGUUUUUAAUACUGUACUACAUCUUGUUUGAUGUGAGUCCAAAGCAGCACACUGGAAACCACUUUCCCUGCUAAAUUUCCAUCAAGCGCCUGGUUUGGAUCUGUUGACUUGUCAUUGCAGAACUGUUUGCUUUGUCUUGAAAUCUCUAUCUGGGGGUCCUCUCUUCAGCCAACAUAGAAACAGAAAACAAAUUUGCUACUCAAAAAUAUUUUAAAAAAACAAGUUUUGACAGGAUUGUAAAAUAAGAAAAAAAAAAGACUUUUGUAUUAACUUAAGUUUCCCAGAAAUGUUUUUAAUCACAAUUAAGAAAGCUGCAGACCAAGGAGCUACAUGUAAAGAUUCUUUAGAUAUUGAUUACACUGUGCUGUUUUAUGUUUUAUGAAGAAUCAUUUUGUUGGCUUUACUCCUCAUGUUUGUGUCUGUGCUUGUAUAUUUUUAGGUAGUAAUUUCUGUAAAAGUUAUUCUAUGUAUUCCUCCCUAGAUCUAUGAGAAACUCAAUCUAAUGUAAAGAGAUGAAAAGCCUCUUAAAAGUUUUUUUAAACGUGAUUUUUAAUGGUACAAUCACUGAUAAAAGAAUUUUGCCCUCA